AUGCGUAUUCUACGCUUAUUCUUUCAUCGAAACAAAUUGCGCGCACUUUAUCCGCACAAGAUCAUCAAUCCGCAAAGCUUGAAACAGCAGUCGGAGUAUAUCUGCAUCAUUAUGCUUUGUGCGCAAGUCGCACAACAUCGACCAGAUGCUCGACCAAAGAUUCGUUUAAUGCUUCGCUUUGUGGAAAAAGUAACACGACGUGAAUGCUGUAAAGGAAAAACAUCAAUUUCAGUGCUUGCUUCUACAGGACCAGCACAUCCUUGCGAAUUCGAGUAUGGAGCAUUAGAACAAAACGAGAUUUGCAUGUUAAUGGAGAGCGUGAUGUGCUGGGUGACAUUAUUCGUUCUCCAAGGGAGAAAAGAGAAGUUUGACCAUGCGGUUCUAUUCUUACUCCAAGGAAAAUAA